AUGUCGGCCCUUGAACCGGCCGUGCAGCCGCUGGCCCUGCCAUGCGUCGGAUUGACGCCCAGUCCGGAUCAUGUGAAAGAAGCCGACGCGCGACGCCAGAGCCUAAAAGCCGCCACCGCCUACAGUAUCACCAGUCUGUUGGAAAGCCGGAAAGACAAGGAGGUCUCCCAGAGCCGGGCGAGCAGUUCCACCGUAUCCGAGGAGGACCACCCGGCAUCAGAUACUCGGUGCCAAAGUGCGGAUGAUGAGCGGGGGUCACCUUCCGCCUCAAGCGCGGACGCGAUGGCCGCAUCCGUUUUCCCGCAUUUCCAGUUCCCGAACCCAGCCCUCCUUGCCUCGACUAUGAUGCCCGACCUCUCCAACCCCCUAGGCCUAGUGGGUGGAGGGCUAGACAUGGCACAGGCUCAGCAUUUGCAGCUCUCCCCCAACAGCCUGAACAUCAACAAGAAGCAGAGCCGCCCCACCUUCACCGGCCACCAGAUAUUCAUGCUGGAGAAGAAGUUCGAGCAGACGAAAUAUUUGGCCGGAAAUGACCGGGCACAGCUCGCCCAGGAGCUGAACAUGAGCGAGAGCCAAGUCAAGGUAUGGUUCCAAAACCGGCGAACAAAGUGGCGCAAGAAGGAAGCGGCCGAUAAUGCCCUCUCCGGAAAGGACCGACACUCCGAAAGCCCUCAACCACCUACCCUCCAGGGCCUCCAUGUGUUCCUAAAUUCUAAU